AUGUAUGCUUUACUAAAAUCUCAUGGCAUUUUUAUAAAUUACGCAAAAAAUAACGUGCGAACAGUGUAUGGCACAUGUAGAACUGGAACUAGAGAGAUUGUGGGACACGGUAUAAACGGUUGCGCUAAUUAUAAGGACGAUGUCCUUUUUCCUUUCCCUGCUGUAAGGUUUAAAGAAAUGACGAAAGAUAUAUGUGCACUUAAAGAAAAAGAGAAAGGGGAUUGGCGAUGUCUGUGCUGUGAAGAAAAAAAGGCAUUGUAUCGAGCCUCUUUUUGCCAGACCUUCGCAGAAUUUCAAGCACCUACGGGCAUGUGGAAGAUAAUCUUCGGUUAUGUGUUCUUUGUCACCUCAUUCACAUUCUGGGUUGCAAUGUUUGCCCACCACUAUAUACAUGAGCCACUGCCGAGCUCAUUCUCGAAGGAAUCUCAGAAAGCUCAGUUGAGGAGAAUGCUGGAGUUACGAGUCAAUCCGAUAGAUGGUCUAUCGUCACAUUGGGACUACGAUAAUGAUCGAUGGAAGGACUCUUAGAUUAGUAUCUACUGUAUACCUAAUCUGAGG